AUGGUUGCUGCCAAAUGGAUCAAGAGUACUUCUAAGGCGGUUAAUGUACUGUCAACUGUGAAAUCACCGAAAAAGCUCAGCGAAGGACGUAUUAAGAAACUUCAAAUUGACCAUGGUCAAUCGGUGUCGUCGUUUACACCGGCCGAGGUGGAAAUGAAGGUCAAAGCACGAAGGCAUGAACUCGGCGACUCCAAUAUUCAACUCUCCAGCAGGGAUUCCACCUCCGUCAAAAUGUGA